AUGUCCCUCCCCUACCCCCACCCACCACCACCACUACUACCACCACCGCCUCAAGAAGAAGAAAUAGAAUAUCUACCACCCAUACGGAAACAACAACAACAACAACUAGUAGGGCCAUCUCCGCUUUUCAAACAACGUUCAUGGUCACCUGAUAUUUACAGGGACGAGGCAUGGCAAAGGAGGAAAGGAAACUAUAAGAAAAACAAAAGCAAAAGCGUUACUGAUGAAGAUCUUGAUGAGCUUAAAGGGUGUAUUGAGUUAGGUUUUGGUUUUGACUCUCCAGAAAUGGAUCAACGUUUGUCUGAUACUUUUCCUGCUUUGGAGCUUUAUUAUGCUGUUAACAAAAACUACAAUGAUCAUUCGGUCUCCAAGCCUGUCGUCACUGCUACGCCGUCUUCGUCCACGGUGUCUGAUUGUGAGUCACCUUCUCCCCUAGGUAGCCCUCGCCCCAUUUUUGGUCCAGGUGAAAAUCCACAGACGGUGAAGACAAGACUAAGGCAGUGGGCACAGGUGGUUGCUUGUUCGGUCCGGCAAAGUUCAAGUUCAAGCUGA